ACAACCUGUGGACAGUGGACACCAGAUACAGCUGCUCUAGGCGGAAAGGAGGGGCGGGCCCCUGGAAAACCAGCCUGGCUUUAGCCUCCAUAGCGCUCCAGCUGCGGCUCCAACCUCGGCGGCAGCUCCACUUGGAGCAACAACAACAGACUCGACACAACGAUCGGGGAGACAAAAGAGAAUCGGAGGCAAAACAAAGAAGCAGCAGACGAACAAAGAACUGAAAACAGAGACACAAAACAAGUAAACAAGAAAGAAGAACAGAUUGCGAGAGAGAGCGAGAACAACAGAAGAACGGCCAGAUACCAGAUACCAGAUACAAAACAAGAGCCUCUCAGCAUAGAUGCAUAGAUACAAAGAUACACAGAUACAAAGAUACACAGAUACAGAUACCGAGAUACAAGAUCCAGCACAAGCAUCCGUCGGAUUGCCGAAAAUUCAAUUAAAUCCCAUUCCGAGUGCAGUCGGCGCCAGUGACCAAAUUGUUAAUUAAGACGCCAAGUGUUUGGCAGUCUCGGGAAGACCCAACCAGAGUAGUAUCACCCGGAGAGCGGUCCGAUAAGGGAGAGCACAAUACGGUGGGUGCAACUCGGCUGGUGAGCCAGAGCGGUCCGCUUCCAUUCGUUGCACUUCCCACGGAAACCGAACAGCCGAAAAUCAGCUGGCAGUGGCAGUCAAGUGCACUCGGAUCUCACUCCCAGCGUUCCACGUUAUCAGUCAAUGGCACCUGUCUGCGACUAGGCGGAGGACCAAGUGCGGACGGGGGCGGGCAGCCAAGACAACAACUACCAACUCGAGAGCUACCUGCUCGUGCCAGAGCCAGAUUGCCAACCCCCCACAGAGCUCACAAUGCCAUAUGCCAGUGACCCCGAGGUGGCCUUGGAGCCCUCAGUCCCAGUAGUCUCAACAGCGCAUGUGGCACAGCCACGUUCCAAAUCCAACACACUCAGCUCCCAGAGGAACGGGUUGGGAACGGGUACAUACUCCUCUGCCUAUGGCCCUGGAGCCGAGAAGCCAACGGUGAUGCAGAUGAUUCUGGAGGCCCUGGGGCUGCGCAAUCAGGCCCAGAACCGAGAGCCAACGUCCAAGGACAUUGGAACCCUGAUAAUGCUGGGAGUGAUGUUUCUGCUGUUUGUGAUCAGCGUGACCGGAUUCUUUGUCAUGUGGUUCACCGAGUACUACAACAACACCAUGUUGGAGAACCUCAUUCUUGCCGAAAACUCGGAAACGGCCAAGAGUUGGCUCGACCCGGAACCGAAGUACGACACCCUCCUGAAGGCCCACAUCUUCGACUACCCCAACAUUGAGGACUACCUGGCCGGACGCGCCGACAAGGUGCAAGUGAGGGAUAUGGGACCACUAACCUACCAAGAGCACACGGUCAAAGAUGAGGUGUCGUUCAACAAGAACUUCACUGUCACAUUCAGAGAUCGAAAGUCGUACAAGUUCCUGCCGGAGAAGUCCACCAUCGGGGAGCACGAUGUGUUCAUGGUGCCCAAUGUGCCAUUGAUCACAGCGGCGGGACAUGUGAAGCGGAUGGCAACCGUUCAAAGGCUGUUUUCGGGGGCGCUCAUUAACCAGUACAAGGAGCCGCUCUUCAAACACCUAACAGCCCACGAGUUCCUCUGGGGCUACGAGGACAAAAUAAUCAAACUGAAGUCCCUGGGAAUGGGAAAGAGACGCUUCGGUCUUCUACAGAACCGCAAUGGCACUAGCGUCGAUUCAGUGCAACUGAAUACGGGGGAGGACGACAUCACCAAGUUCAGCAUCAUCACCCAGUUCAAUGGGAUGCCCCAGCUGGACUACUGGGAGGGUGAGGAGUGCAACCGCAUCGAUGGGUCGGAGCCCUCCAUGUUCUCACCGAAUCUGUUGAAGGAUCGCGACACCGUCAACGUCUUCCUGCAGGUCCUGUGCCGCAAGGUGCCUCUAAAGUUCGAGAAGGAAGUCACCAUCUACAACGACAUCGACGUGCUGCGCUACCGUACGCCCAUGGACGUGUUUGGUCACCCCUCGGUGAACCCAGCCAACCAGUGCUAUUGCCAAAACGCGGAGUUCUGUCUGCCCAGCGGGGUGAUCAAUGCCACCAAGUGUUACGGCGAUGCACCGAUCUUUCCCUCAUUCCCCCACUUCUUCACCGGCGAUCCGGAGCUGUACAGCCUGUUCGAGGGCAUCAAUCCGGACCCCGAGCUGCACCAGACCUACGCCGAUAUACACCCUCGUUUUGGGUUUCCCAUUAGCGGCGCCUCGCGUAUCCAGAUAAACAUAAUGCUGGACAAGACGCCUCUACUUCGAAACCAGGGCGCGCGACUGAAGAAUGCCACCAUUCUACCACUGAUCUGGAUCGAGAUCACCGCAAACGACUUUUCGGAGGACGUACUCCACACGCUGUACAUUUCCACAUUCGGCCUCGACGCCCUCCAGCUGUCCCUCAAGUAUGGCACGCUCCUCAUCUCGGUCACCACGUUCAGUCUCAUAGUGGCCGGUGUCUACUACCUGAACAGCCGGCGGGAGGAGCUGCAUCUCCAGGAGAGCAAGUCCUCCGCCGAACUGGAGGCCCUCAACGGCGGCGGCAUCGUUCUUGUCCAGCACAUGAACAUGAUGCCAGCUCCCGUCCAGAUCUCCUCGGUGCAGCUGGGAAGGAAGCAAGAUCGGCCUGCGGACGCCUUGUGAAUCAAUAGUGCCAUUAGAUAGUAGUUAGGAGGGUGGGAAUGGGGGAAAGUUUCAACAACUUUUUAUGAAAUUUCGAAUUUGCCAACGAUAAUCCUAAAAUAGUUAUAUCUCUAAAACAAAGAGUCGCCAGUUACCUUUAGUCUGUAGUUAUUUUUUGUACAUAACUCUGUAAAAAUUGUAAUAAACUGUAUAGAUUUUUAAA